AAUUGGGCCGUUCUUUUUUCUCAAAACCCAUCCACUAAAAGCCCCAAAAUUUGAUCCCUUACAAUAAAACCCUAACUCGGGACGAUGUUUCAUAUAUAACAAUUGUUAAUUAGGGUUGUUUAAUUUCCUCAUCUCCGAGCUACCGCUACCAGUGAAAGCCGCACUAUUCAGUCUUCGGUCGCCGCUCCCUCUUUCUAUCUAUUCAAUCUGAGGUAUGGCAAUGGCCGUGGCAGCCACCGAGACCAGCAAAGACCCGACCCAACCUAACUACGAAGUCAAGCUUUUCAAUCGCUGGUCUUUUGAGGAUGUCCAGGUUACUGAUAUCUCUUUGAGUGACUACAUUGGUGUCCAAGCUUCGAAGCACGCAACCUAUGUGCCGCACACUGCUGGAAGGUACUCAGUGAAGCGUUUCCGGAAAGCUCAAUGCCCAAUUGUUGAGAGGCUUACGAACUCACUGAUGAUGCAUGGCCGAAACAAUGGGAAGAAACUUAUGGCAGUUAGGAUUGUGAAGCAUGCCAUGGAAAUUAUUUAUCUCCUGACUGAUCAGAACCCAAUUCAAGUCAUUGUCGAUGCUAUAAUCAACAGUGGACCUCGUGAAGAUGCUACUCGUAUCGGUUCUGCGGGUGUUGUGAGGCGUCAGGCUGUUGAUAUUUCUCCUCUUCGUCGUGUGAAUCAAGCCAUCUAUCUCUUGACCACCGGAGCACGUGAGUCUGCAUUCAGAAACAUUAAAACCAUUGCUGAAUGUUUAGCCGAUGAGCUUAUUAAUGCUGCAAAAGGAUCGUCGAACAGCUACGCGAUCAAGAAGAAAGAUGAAAUCGAGAGGGUUGCCAAGGCCAACCGUUGAGGCAUUAGACGAGAUUAUUACACCGUGGGCGGGGAGAAUUUCAAUUGUUUUAAUCAGUACUUUAUGGGCUAUCUUUUAUUUUUGGUGUCCUGGACAUGCAAUGAGUGUUGUGUUUGCUAUCUAAGUUGACAAGUUAGCUUAUGUUUAAAUUGGAGUUUUUCAGUAGAUAUUAUUAAAAUGAUAGAAUUUUUGCUGAUUGAUUUGAUGAAAUGCAUGUUUCAUUGAAUUAAAA